AUGAAAUGUGCUAGAGAAGAGGAGGCAACAGAUGGAGUUUACGUCUGUCCCAUCUGUUCCCGCGAGUGUUCGGCGCCGAAGUACCUGAAGCUCCACCUGACGAAGCACGAGAACGACCGUCAGCGGCCGCUGGACUGCGACAUGUGCGGGAAAACCUUCAGCACUCACCAGAGCAUGAAGCUGCACAGAUACACACAUACAGGAGAGAAGCCGUACGUCUGCCAAAUUUGCCACAAACAUUUCCGCCAGGCAGGAACGCUGAAGCGCCACAUGGUGACCCACACGGGGGAGCAGCCUCACCGCUGUCCGCACUGCCCCCGCCACUUCUCCCAGCGCAGCAGUCUGACAGCUCAUCUCAGGCUGCACACAGAUCAGAGCUCCUUCCUGUGUACACAGUGUGGCAAGAGCUUCAAAACUGAGAGGUACAUGAAGAGACACAUGAUCUACCACACGGACAGACUCCCCUUCUCCUGCGAGCUGUGCGACAGGCGUUUCCGCACGCGGCUGAACAUGCGACGCCACAUGCUGCGCAUCCACCUGCUGGCCACCAGGAAGGUCUGCAAGUGCCUGACGUGCGGGGCAGAGAUGCAGAAUCCGGGAGCGCUCAAGAACCACAUGGCCGUGCACAACAGUGGGAGGAAGCCUUACCGUGCCUAUGUGUGUGAGAUCUGCAGCAGGCGCUUCCAGCAGCGCUCCAAACUGAAGAAGCACAAGCAGGAGAAGCAUGGAGGAGGUGACAGUGAGCUCGACAAUCAGCCUGGGCUUCAGCCACAGGUCCGUGCUGACCAGGUUUGCCGCGUGAUGACACGGACCACCGGACAGCAGCGAGUGACGACGUAUGAAAUGAUACCCAAGGACCUGGACCAGUUUGCUCACAUUGUCUUUCCGGUGAACGGUCGGCCUUCCAAAGACUUGAGUGCAGAGGGCAGGAGGAAAAGUGCCACCAAUGUGCCUUCAACUGUGCCACAGGUAACACAGUCAAACACCUGUAAUACUGAACACACUGUAGCAGUGGGUCCAGAGACUGUCUCCUCUGCAAGAGUUACCUGUGAACAGCCUUCAAGACUUUGUGAUGUCAGGACAGUUCCUUCAGCAAACCUGGUUGUGUCCAGCUCAGUCUCUGGGGGGUAUUCAGUAUCAACAGUUGGAGGAGGUUUUUACACCAAUGCGACAAUUUCAAACGCGCUCUUACCUUCAUGUAGCCCAUCGGUUACAGCUGGAUGUUUGACUGUAGAUGUUCCAUCGGCUGCCUUCAGUAUUGCUAGCACAUUAAAUGAAGUGAAUUCCUUUCUUCCCACUGGCUUAACAGCUGUAAUGACUGCACCCAUUACAAGAGGUAGUCUGAGCACAACUUCCGUCACUUCAGUACCUGCCUUUGCUGCUACUAGCACCUCUCUCCCCUCAGAUACUUUAGGCAGCAGUAGUCAGUCAGUUCUGUCUGCUGUUAGUGCUCGGGAGUCUGUGUCAGAAACACUGGCAGCCCUCAGGGCCUUGGCUGCUCAGGAAGGGGACAUCUUUCCACCUGCUGAUUUUGAUGUAGGACAGUAUGUUGUAGAACGGCAACAAACCAGCCAAGGAGUCGGGAAUGUCGGUACUACAAGUAGUGGUGCUGACGGUGGAGCGCAACAGGCUAUAGAAAGACAUAUGCAACAGAGUGUGGAAGCCUCUGUCAAUGCUGCAAUGGGAAUUGUUGAUACACUACAGCAAGCAGGAGGGGCUGAGAGUGGACCCGACACCCCGGGAACAAGAAUACGGGUGGAGUCACAGAAUCAGGCUCUCCUGUCCAGGGUGCUGCUUGCAGGGAAGGAGAGGGAGAAAAGGUCACCCGGGUCACGGGCGAUGUGGGAGGGGGGCGAGAUCACAUGCAACACGUGCUGCCAGGAGUUUCCCAGCGUGAACAAGUUCCAAGAACAUCUGAAGAAAUUUGGGAAGGUCACGUACUGGGAGGUGACGGAAGGCGGAGACAAGGUGAUGGGCUUAAGAUGUGUCUCUGGGAAGAAAGUAACAAGGAAGAAAGGAAGUACCAAGAAGAAGGAAAGAAAGGGAAAGAAGAUAACAAACAAUCUUGGCGUACGAGAGCAUAUACCCAGUACAAGUUGUGCCCUACAACAAGAUACAAGUGUGCCUUCUUCACAAGAUUCACAGACACUUAGUCACGAGCAUUCCUACCAGAAGCCUUACGGACAGGAGUUGACUUCAUCAACUAACAUCACAACGUUCACAAACUCUGUCGUUCCAUCAACUUUAUCUGCUGCAGUGCCUGUUUUGGAAAUUGACAGAGAAUCAAUGCCAAGUAAUACUAGUCAGGGAGGCAUUUCUGUCAACAACUGUAACCAGAACAUUACAGGUUUAGCUAAUUAUGCAGGCACAAUGCCUGAUGCUGAAAGAACCACUGCAGAAAGCAGUGAACAUCAAGAUAGAUUGGUCAAUAACACAGCUGCAGACAACACUUAUCAGAGAGAUGCUUCUACUAGUCAUGGACUUGAAAGUGAGAGUGUUUCUGUGGAGAAUGGUGGCAGAGAAAGUGGUGGUAAGAAGAAGGGAGGGAGGAGGAAGAAGACGCAGGCCGGUAAGGGAGCGGUGUGUCCCACCUGUGGCAUGAAGUUUGCCUACAAGUCCAGUCUGAGGACUCACCAGUUCAUACACUCAGGGGAGAAGCCCUAUCCCUGCUCAGUGUGCAGAAAGUCCUUCCGCCAGGCAGGCGAUCUGCAGCGCCACCUAGCGGUGCACACUGGCGAGCGCAGGUACACCUGUCAGGUGUGCAAGAAGGGCUACAAACAAUCAGGUGACCUGGCAGCUCACAUGAUGGACCACACGGAUGACGUCCGCUUCUCCUGUCCCGUCUGUAGCAAGAGGCUGAAGCGCAAAUGUGACCUCAGGAAACACAUGUACACCCAUACAGGCUUCUACCCGUUCCAGUGUGACCUGUGUGGGAAGCAGUUCAGGGAGAAAGCCAAGAUGCUGAAUCACAAGCGCAACAAGGCAAGCCUGCCUUAA